AUGUUUGUACGGCUCUCCUCCUCGUCGGCGGUGUGUCUGGUCAGGCGUACGACGCCCUCCCUUCAGCGGCUGCCCUCUCAAGCCCGCUUCAACUCGUCGGAUUCAGCGACUGCUGCUGCUGCUGCUGCUGCUGCUGCUCCAGUCUCGGAUGCAGACGCUGCACCGAAGAAACGAGCUAUUCCAAUUGCAGACAGCUUGGGGGACAUCACCAUCGCCAGCCGGUCUGAACAAGAAGGCCAACGCCGCGACAGGCGGCAAAACGGGUCCGGCAACGGGAACGGGAACUGGAACAGGGAUCCCAACCGUCCACAGCGGCCCCGCCAGAACAACAAUAACAACUCCAACCGGGACGGCAAUGGCAACGGGAACCAAAACCGCAACCGCGCCAACGCCGCCGGACGCGGCUUCGACGGCCAGCGCGGCGGUCAGCGCCCCCCGAGGCAAACCGACCAGACGCAGGGCGCGCAGUCCCGAGAUCCCGCUCAGCAGCAGCCCCAGCGCGAGCAGAGGCGGCCGCGCCGACCCAGGGACGAAGGCGAGGAGGAUCAUCAGCCCUUCAACAUCCCUGCCCCGCGCAAGAUCGAGUUCGGCAACCUAGACGAGCUCUUUGGCACCUCCGCCGCUCGCACCCGUGCCCCUGGCAGCGUCAAGCUCGCAGACGGCGCAAAACAGCUGUCUCCCUCUCAGGACCGGGUCCAGACCUUCCUCGAGCGCACUGCGGGCGACUAUUCCCGUUACGUCCCCAAGACGCUGCUGUCUACCGACGUGCGGGAGCUCACUCCGCUGGAGCUGGGAGGCUUCGUGUUGUCGAAAAGGAGGGACGUCAAGCUGCAGGCGCGCGAGAACGCGCUUGCCGUUGUCGGGAAGUUCCCAGGGACGAACGUGGUGGUGAAGGGCGCGGAGGCUCCCGCGCCAUCGUCGUAG